GCCCCCUAUUCGUGACCUCUGACCUUUACCAUGUGCUCGAGGGAGCGAGACUACAGCUUCUUUGCGGAGUUUUUGCCGCGUGUUGGAACCUAUCAGAUCGCCUUCGCGGCUCGAGACAGCUGCAAACUAACCGUCUCCGCAAGAGCUGCCGUCUGCGCCGAGCUGCGUAACGCGGGGAGCCUGGAAAUUAUCCGCUGGCCCCCGCAUCUUCCAGACCUCGACCCGGGGUCUUACCUAGAUCGUCGAAAACCGUCCCCCGAGGAAAGACAGCCGCUUCAGUUGAGAUUCCGCUGUGUUGGACUAACGCAGCCUGUGUGGGCGAAAUUUGAUAAACUUUUGGACCCCCCAGAUUUGACCUCGCCCCCCUCCACCUCGAUUGUGGUGAAAUGUGGAUUUUGUGGAUACGUUCUCACGAAACAGAACUAUUGUUUCAAGCGAGUGUUGCCUCUCCCGUCAGACGAAUGGUCUGAGUUGGCUGGAGACGCUUUCUGCCAUCUUCACCCCCACCCACCCUCCUCCUCCUCCUCCUCCCUCUCUCCCUCUCCCCACCCUCUCGCCGCCAGGCCAGGAGACUGUCUGACUGGCUGUAGAGUCGUCAGAGUCACUAGAGAAUGUAUGGGAUCCAAUGCACUGGACACCAGGGAGAGAGGGGGGAUCUACUGUGGCAGAUGCUACCUACAUCUUGGAGUGUUUUUGCCAACUAGUGCAAGUAGCCAUGGAGAUAAAGAACUGAGGGGGGCGGAGGGAACAAAGGGGUAUUCGAAAGAGGCGGAGUCAACUGAUAUCGCCGAUCAAACAUUGGAGCUCUGGCGAUCCGAAAUAUCAUUAGAAUUCUUCUCUUCCUCCCCUGCCUCUCUCUCCUCUCCUCUCUCUCCUCUGCCCCUCCCUCUUCCUCUCCUCCCUCCCUCUCUCUACCCUCAUUCUGGGCCCGUGUGGAAAAAGACAGAGAACAUCAUUUGGCCCGUACUCUCUGCACUGCCUGUAGCGACAAAUCUUCAUUCAAGUUCAGCAUUCAAGAUUCACACCGUCACGAUUUCCUCUGUGUGUGGGUGCUCAACGUCGCGAGUCAUGUGAUCUCCAACACUCGUCACAUGACCUCCGAAUUCCUCUCCUCAAAGUUCACAGGUUAGCGGGUAGAACCCCUCUCUAAGGACACCCUUGAAAUGAGGAUUCAUUCUGAUGAUUGUCUGUGUUGCAAUAAUUGUGUCUAUUUUUCCACUUUUGAAGGUAUUUCUUCCUCCCACUGUUCUGAGAACUUCCCAGCCCUCAAGCUGCUCUACGUGGUUGCCACGGAGACUGGCUCCGCCCCUGGUCACGUGACCAAGGGGUGGAGCCCCUCCCACUCUCGAGGGGGGAGUGUCUGUGGCUACGUCUGCUGCUGUGUCGGAGUAAUGUUAGUCUACCACCUGGACAGAGGUGUGGACAGAGCUUUUGGAAGGUUGGCUAUCUCCGCCUCGAAUGACUCUGUAAAUAGAUAUUUCCCUUCACUAGCUCCUGCUGUUACUGAUUUUUAAAACUCGGUUGUUUACACAAUUUAUAGAGAUAAAGAUAUCGCUUCUGUAAACAAUUUAUUAUAACAAUUUUUCUGAAGUGUAUAUACAGAUACAGACAUACAUACACACACAUCUGCCGGUCAUAUAUACAUAUAUACACUGGUGCAGAAUAGACCUGUAUAAUAAUUAUAGUGCUUCAUUGGAUCAGACAUACAUACACACACACGAUGCUGCGGAGUGAAAAUUGAGGCUAUGAUAAACUCACACACACGCAUAUUAUAUACAUGCGUGCGGUGUGCUAGCACGAGCACCCUCCUCCUCCUCCUUCUUUUUGACUUUCUCUCUCUACUGGAUACGACUGCUUCAGUUUGAUGCUUGGAGUCAGGUCUGCGUUCGGGAAAGUCUGUGGCUGCUGCUGUGCCUUCAGCUCGCAUAUCUCCCUCGCCAGGUGGAGGAAACACUCCCUUACGUUGUGGUUGUUCUUGGCACUCGCUUCAAGGAACAGCAUGUCGUGGAGCUCGGCAUAUCUCUUUGCUUGUGACAAGUCGACUUCUGCAGGCAAGUCACACUUAUUCCCGACUAGUAGCUUGAUGGCCUCCGGACAUCCGCUGAGGGUAAUAGAGUUGAAAUACAUGGUCUGUAAUCUCUAGUAUACUGGUCUGCUCGGUUAGUAAACCCUGUGUAGAGGUUAGUAAUCUCUAGUAAACUGUGUGUGGAGUUGUGCUUGGGUUAGUAAUGUAGUUAAACGGUGCUUUAAUAUUCUGUAUGAGGUUAGUAAUCUCUAGUAUACUGGUCUAAAGUUGUAAGCUUUUGUGGUGUGGUUAGUAAUCUCACUAGAGUAGUUAGUAUUCUUUUUACA